AUGAAAAAUCCAAUAGUUUUUAUAAUUUUAUUGGCUGGUAUCUAUUCGUGGUACUCUUGCUAUGCUUAUGCAAUACCAUCAGAAUAUUUGAUUAAGACCGUACCUUAUCAUCGUCAGGUUACAGAUUAUAACUGUGGUGAUGCCUCGUUACAAAUGGUAUUUGGAUACUAUGGUCAAGACAUUAAUCAAGAGCAAAUAGAUGAUGUUGCAAGAACAUCAAAGCAUGAAGGAACAAGUUCCUAUGACAUCGUUAGAACUGCUCAGUUUUCUAUUCUAAGUCAAUCACAGGGAACAGACAAGAAAAAAAAAGAAUUGAAUCACGGAUUUCCUAAUUAUCCAUAUGGUUUGAAUGCAGUCGGUUAUUCAUCGAACGAAGAAUGGAUGGAUGGUUUGAAGAGUGCUAUUUCGCUGAACAUCCCAAUUAUCGUUUUGAUGCAUUAUUCACUUGAAGAUCCAGGUGGUCAUUUUAGAGUUGUCAUUGGAUACAAUGAUGAUCUUGAAACAAUUACUACUUUAGAUCCAUGGGACAGAGAUGGUCAACCACAAGUCUAUACACUUUCAUAUUCUAACUUCACAGCUUUGUGGAACUACACAGAGAAAGAUUCUCCACGUGGUACUCCUUUCUUUGGUGUUGCAAUCUGGCCAUUGAAUGUGGAUAUCGUAGCAUUUUCAAAUGGUAACCAAACAACUUUCAAUGUAAAAUUCGAUUACACCAAUCCAAUUCCAUUUUUAUCUGAAUUACAAUUAUUACCAAAGACACUUGGAACCAUUACAAAUUUCAUUGCACCAAAGGAUUCACAAUUCGUUUCGGCCAGUUCCUACACUACUGGUCCAAUUAAUGAAGGUGAUACCGUGAAGAGUUUAUUUGUUGUAAAUUGUCCUGGAGGUUCUUGCCAUGGUCUAUUUAUUGCCAAUGUCGAAAUACUUAUCCAAGCAUCCGUUCCAUAUACCUAUGAUAGAAAUCAUUACUAUUAUCCACCAUAUUCCUAUAUCGAUGUAAUUGGUUAUUCAGAAGAAGCUAAGAUAUAA